AUGCAGGGCUUCCAGCGAGGCCACAAGCAGGCCGACAGCUACGGCGGGCCCGGCUCGGCAUGGGCUCUCCCGCCCUUGUCCCCCGUCGAGACGCUCGCCCUCCAGGCCGGCUUUGUCGCCCAGGGCGCGACAGACGCCAUGCGCUUGACCGUCGCAGGCCACCACUUGACCAACGACAAGGUCGUCCAGGCCAACGUCGUCAAGUCGAGCGUGUGCCAGGGCAUCGUCCUCGUGUCGGCCCUCGUCAUCAAGCCCAUCCUCCGCCGCCUGGUGGGGCUGCGUUCGUCCGACCCCGUCACGGCCAGCGUCGUCUUCUUUGCGUUCCACCUUCUGUGGCUCUACCCUGUCGCCGCCGCUGCAACCUACUUCUCGGGCCUGCUCCGCCCGGCCGCCGAGACCGACAAGCGCCGCGCCUCGAACAGCAACGACAACCGCGGCCAGGUCGCCAAGCUCGUCGCCGAGAGCUACCGCACGCUCGUCACGGUCAACUACUUCCUCUUCUUCUACGCCCUGCGCCUCAUCCCGUUCCUCGGCGCACCCCUCUCGUUCCUGUAUGCGUCGGUCGUCGAUGCCUACUACUGCUUCGAGGCUCACUGGGUCAAGAACGGCUGGCCGUUCGGCGACCGCGUGCGGCACAUCGAGCAGCGGUGGGCCUACGCGCUCGGGUUCGGCCUCCCCAUCACGCUCGCGUCGUGGUGGUCCUCGGACCCGGUCGUCAACCUCGCCCUCUUUGCCCUCCUGUACCCACUCUUCAGCCUCACGUCGACGUCGGCCAUCCCGCAGCCGCUCGACCCGUCCCUGCCCGGCGCAGGCGGCGGCGGGUCCGGCUCGGCGGCGUCGAGCUUCCUCCGCAGCGCGUCCGGGUUCGGCCACGGCUCGUUCUCGAUCGCGGCGGCCGAGGGCGGCGAGGAGCACCGCGGGCGCAAGGGCGCCGCAGGGAUCCCGACCCGCAUCCGCGUCCUCGUCGUCGCCGAGCUCGCCUACUCGGCGCUCGCGGCCGCGUUCGGGCUCGGCGGUGCGGGAGGCGCAGGAGGAGGUGCCGGCGGCGGGGGGAGGAAGAAGGACGCGGCGAUGGGGCACGGACACGGCGCGAGCCCGGCGAGGAUGGCCAUGGCGCAGCGCGUCAACUCGUUCGACCCCAACUACGGCGCGCCGCAGACCGCCAACGGUGGCGGCGGCUCGGCGUACGCCGGGAGCGCGUACGGCUCGCCCGUGCGCGCGAGGCCCGGCGCCGCCGAGCGCUACUCGAUGGAGAGCGACCCGUACGCGACCCAGGCCCCCUACGCCGGUGGCCCGGGCGGCGGCGUCGGUGCGGCGCACGCGACGCCCCCUCGGCGCGGGUACGCGAGCGAGUACGCCUCGCCGGCGGCGACGCCCGCGAGCGCGUACGGCGGCGGCGUCGGCGUCGGCGCGGGAGCGUACGCUCCGCCGCCGCCGCAGCAGCCGGCGUUCGUGCAGCAGCCUGGUGGCGGCGGUGGUGGUGGAGGAGGAGGAGGCGGGUACGGCGCCGACAAGACGCUCGACUCGUUCAUCCGCCAGGCGGGCAUGCGGGGCAAGAACAAGGGCGACUGA